ACAUCAUAACGGCAGGCCAGACGACAUCGUUCUCCUCUGCUCAUCCUUCCAGACUGAGCCAUGAAUUUAUCACUGAUCUCACUAUGUGUUACUAUAACACUGCUGUGUGCUGGAGGCUCAAAGGCACAGACUGAAAACAGCUGUGGGUUUGCUCCUCUGAACACCCGCAUUGUGGGAGGUGCCAAUGCCCAGGCGGGGAACUGGCCCUGGCAAGUUAGUAUGCAUCACCAAGAUCAACACAUAUGUGGAGGAACACUCAUCCACCAGGAGUGGGUUCUCACCGCCGCCCACUGUAUCCUCUCCUUAGAUACCAGCAACUGGAUGCUGUACCUGGGAAGAGAGAAUCAGAGCACAGCCAAUCCCAAUGAAGUGAGCCGGGGUGUCCAGGAAAUUAUCAUGCACCCCUCCUACAACAACACUCUGUUCAACAACGACGUCACCCUGAUGAGGCUGAGCUCACCGGUCAACUUCAGCGACUACAUCCGGCCCAUCUGCCUGGCAUCCAAUUCCAGCACUUUCUACAGCAACACCACCUGCUGGUCCACAGGCUGGGGACUCCUUAGGCAUAAUGAGUCUUUAGCCUCUGAAACCCUGCAGGAGGUAGAGGUCCCUGUCGUGGGCAACAGCCAGUGUGCAUGCAACUAUCAGGUAGCAAAGGAUGCCAACAUCACGGCUCAGAUGAUUUGUGCGGGCAGUGCGGGUAAAGGAACUUGUCAGGGUGACUCUGGAGGUCCGCUGCAGUGUAAGCAGGGUUCUGUUUGGGUCCAGGCGGGCGUGACCAGUUAUGGAAUCUCCUGUGCCGCUGGGAUUCCCGAGGUUUAUGCCCGUGUGUCAGAGUUCCAGUCCUGGAUCACUGAGAACGUCGCUGGAUCCAGCAUUGGCUUUGUGACGUUCUCAUCCACUGGGGAGGAUUCAGACAGCAGCUUCACCUGUACCGAAGACAGCUCUAGCUCAGCUGCUGCCCAGCCAACCCUUUCCCUGUUCAGCGUUCUCCUCAUCUUCCUCUCAUUCCACCUGUGUUCCUCACUCUGAUCUGCUCAGGAGUCCACCCACCCGCUAUUCUUCUCCUCUUAGAGAAGAUCUCCACAUGCUCACCCUAAAUAAUCUUAAAAUAAAAAAGUGAUUGAAUACAAAUACAAACCACCAAAGGCGUAGCAGCAUGUUUGACACAUUUGCUAAAACGAAUCUAAGCCCACCCUACAGUGAAUUAGAAUUUGCUGAGUUACAUUUAAUCACAAAAAAACUAAAUACAUUUUUCUCUACUUUUGAUUAUUAUUAGUUAAAUCCAAGCAAAGGUCACUUAACAACCUAAACAUUUUACUCCACAUUACAUUUACUGUUGUUAGAAAAAAAUGUGAAAUGUCUGCAUUAUAUACAUAUGACAAAAAACUGAACAGUUAUCACCUAAUAUUUUAAAUAAUAUAACAAUUGAUUAUUAUUAUUAUUAUUAUUAUUAUUAUUAUUAUUAUUAUUAUUAUUAUUGACAUGUCUAUUGUAUAUUUACAUUUUCUCCACUUUUUAAAAAACUCCUUAGCAUUGGGUUCUGUAUUUUUAAUUAGUGAUUUUUGGCAGCAGUUAAAUGACAAAACCCUCCCAGUCUGUUAGCAGAAUAAGACAUUACCCAAAAGUCGUUUUUAUUGCAGUAAAUUGUUAUUGUUGCGAUUCAUUGCUCUCAUCGCUGACCUCGCUGACCUGCGGCAGUGCAGAUUUUGGCGCGCUUUCAAAAUAAAAGUUUUAAAAAACUUAAAACAAUUUCCAUCUUUUAAAAAAGCCACCUAUUUAUAAUCCCCCGGUUCCUACGACAACGCAAAAUCACAAGGGGAUUAGAAAUAGGUGGAUUUUUUUUUAAAAGGUGGAAAUUGUUUUUACAUUUUUUUUUAACUUUUAUUUUGAAAGCGCGCCAAAAUCUGCACUCCCGCAGGCGAGUUCAGUGAUGCAGUUACGUGGUUCCAAGAUUAAUAAAUGCAGUUAAGAGUUUGAUUUAUUAGGUAACUUACUGUGUUUAGGCACUUGCUGGUUUAAUAUGAACAUAUAAAACAUUUAAAAUAUACAGCAUUAAAAAAAUAUGUAUACCAAUGUUUUGUAACACAAGUCAUAUUUUUGCAAUAUUACAUUUUCCAAGUGCUUAUUUUACUUUCAGUGAUAGUUUUAUAUCUCUCAUCUUAGAUUAUUUUCUUUGGUGAUAGCUCAAAGUGUGAACUACACUUCCUGACUGUAGGUGGAGCCCAAGAGAAAGAAAUACCAAAUAACAUUUACCAUUUCUUACAUAAUUCUGCUUUAUAUGGUUUAUAGGGUUGUGCAUGCUUUUAAAUUUUUUUUUUCCUUCCUAACCCUCCAUUUACUGUGACCUUGUGGAUUUAUGAUCAAAAAGUGUUGUAACUCAUUAAUAAAUAUCAAAUUUCCAA